UUAGAUAUUAUAAUUAACUUCUCCAUUCAAUAUUCAAUAUGACCAAAAAUACUACUAUAAGUUAAAAAAAAAUUAGUCCAUUAUUCCCAAUUUUCUACUCAAAUCUAUUUCUAUUUAACACUCUCAAUCAAACCCCUUAUUCUCUAUCACUCUCUUUCUUCAGAAAUGGCUUCAAAAUCCUCACUCAUUCUCUGUGUUCUUGCAAUCUGGACCUUUGAUUUAGCUCAAGGUGGUUCAUCAACCCAUCAUCAAGCUCCAACACCAUCAUUGGACUGCACAAAUCUUGUCUUAACGAUGGCUGAUUGUUUGUCUUUUGUAACAAACGGUAGCACAACAACAAAACCAGAAGGUAAUUGUUGUUCUGGUUUGAAAUCUGUUCUCAAAACUGCUCCUUCUUGUCUCUGCGAGGCGUUCAAGAGCAGUGCUCAGUUUGGUGUUGUCUUGAAUGUCACCAAAGCUACCUCUCUUCCUGCUGCAUGCAAAAUCUCUGCUCCUUCCGCUACUAAAUGUGGAUUGUCCGAAACUCCUACUUCCGCUCCUGCUCUUGCUCCUCUUGCUCCUGCUGGAGGACUCUCUCCACAAUCAUCUGCAACAUCUCCAACAUCUUCUGGUUCAUCAUCUUCAAGUUUGAAUGGUCCUGUAAAUGAGUUAUCUCCAGCACCAACACCAUCUCUAGGGAGCACAGCAACAGAACUAUUUGCAAUUUCAAUGAAAUCCCUACUUGUUUGCCUAUUGGUGGCUAUAAUAUCACUUUUUUAAAAUGAGUUUUCAUCUUUUCAUUUUGAGAUCAUAGAUGACAUGAGAGGGAUUCUUUUGAUGCUUUCUUUUGAGCUUUACCAUUAUAGUACUUCUUAUAUGUGUGACUUAUUAUAGUAGGUAAAAGUUCAUUCUAGGAAUGACUCAAACUUAUUUACAACUUGUACCCUCUUUAUAAUAUUAUUAUAUAUGGCUACAUAUAUUUAUAUAACAA